AGCAAACACCUUCCUGCUCUACAUACACUUCUUCUUCGAGGGAAUACCUGGUAAUACCCAAAGGACUAGGCCUUAUAGCGCAUCUACCAGAAAUACAAUAUCAACUUUUCCGUGCAGAUGCUUGUGGGGUGACAAGUUCUCAAAUUAGGUAUGAUGACAGUAUGACGUUGUCCUCCUCUCUGCCCUGAUAAUGUACGAGGUGAUGCAGGGAGACACUACCACCCUGUCCUGGAGGCUACCCAGCCCCGGCCACAACGACGGCCCACAACAGAGCCCCUUCAGCGGGGAGGGAGGACCUACUAAGAUCCUUAAAGUUUGUUUCUCCACCAACAACAACACCCUGGGGAAGAACUUCAAGCUGGUCAAGUGUGACAGCUCCUGGCAGAUCAGGGCUAUAGUCCAGUCUAUCCUGACCAGUGGUAGACUGGGACCUAACAUCCAGUAUAAAGGCUGCUAUGGUCUGCUGCUGAAGCACCUCAAGUCAGACGAGCUCCACUGGCUCCAUCCAGACCUGACUGUGGGGGAGGUGGAGCAACGCUAUGAGAGUCAUCACGUGGAGGCAGAGUGGAGGUAUGACCUGAGAGUCCGCUACAUUCCAGUCAACUUCCUGGAAAAGUUUAAAGAAGACAGAACCACAUUUCUGUAUUUCUAUCAACAGGUGCGUAGUGACUACAUGCAGUACCAUGCCAGUAAAGUCAGUGAUGGAAUGGCCCUGCAGCUGGGAUGUCUGGAGAUCAGGAGGUUCUAUAAAGACAUGAAUGCUAAAGGCCUGGAGAAAAAGUCCAACUUCGAAGUGUUAGAGAAGGACGUGGGGCUGAACCUGUUCUUCCCACAGGAGCUCAUUGACAGCAUGAAGUCUCGUCAUCUUCGUAAGAUGAUCCAGCAGACGUUCCAGCAGUACGCUACUCUGAAGGAGGAUGAGUGUAUGGUUAGCUUCUUCCAGACACUCACCGAUUUCAUCACCAUCGGCGAAGAGGUCUACCCUUGUGAACUGGUGCAAGGCUGGAGUCUGUCAGUAGAGCUGGUGAUAGGAGCCAGGGGCAUUCGCCAACGCACCCAUAAAGACUCAGCGCCUGUGUGUCUAGCGAACUUCAAACAGAUCAAGAGCAUCAAGUGUUUAUCUCAGAGUGACAACAAAGCCCUCCUCAAUCUUGACAUAGACGGAGCCAGACAGCCUCUGUCUAUCAACGUGACUAAGUUUGCGAUGGCAGAGAACAUGGUGGAUCUUAUUGACGGUUACUGUCGUUUGGAGCACGCCACUGACGAGUCGUUCAUCGUCAGACCUGACAAAGACGCCAAUCUACGAUGUUCCCUUCCAGAUCUGCCCACAAAUCAAAUGGAAAACACAGGUUGCUUCAGAUAUAGCAUGGGAUCUGAAAUCUACGCUGAGAUUGAUGAACGACCAAGGUCUGUGGUGAAAUAUGGAAUCGACAGAGAUGACAUUGUUCUGGGACGGAUCCUUGGCGAGGGUUUUUUCGGGGAGGUCUAUGAAGGAAUGUACAAGAAAUCGAAUGGCGAGAGGCUAAGUGUGGCGGUGAAGACCUGUAAAGACUGUUCACCUGACAUCAUGGAGAAGUUCAUGAGUGAAGCAGUGAUCAUGAAGAACCUGAAACACCCCCACAUCGUCAGUCUGAUCGGUGUCAUAGAGGAAGACCCAGUGUGGAUUGUCAUGGAGUUAUACCAGUAUGGAGAGCUGGGAAAAUACCUAGAAGAGAACAAGCACAAGCUGACCAACAUAACGCUGGUCCUCUUCAGCCUGCAGAUCUGUAAAGCUCUGGUCUACCUGGAAGGAAUCAACAUGGUGCACAGGGACAUAGCGGUGAGGAACGUGCUGGUGGCCACAGCAGACUGUGUUAGGCUGGGAGACUUUGGUCUGUCCAGACACAUCGAGGAUGAAGAGUAUUACAAGGCCUCAGUGAGCCGAUUACCUAUAAAAUGGAUGGCUCCAGAAUCCAUUAACUUCAGACGCUUCACAACGGCUAGUGAUGUCUGGAUGUUUGCGGUGUGUAUGUGGGAGAUCCUGAGUCGAGGGCAGCAGCCUUUCUUCUGGUUGGAGAACCGUGACGUCAUCAUUCAGCUGGAGCAAGGCAUCAGACUACCCAAACCUGACGACUGCCCUCCUGCCCUCUACUCCCUCAUGACACGCUGCUGGUCCUACAACCCCCGCGAGAGACCCUCUUUCACAGAGCUGGUCGUUAAGAUCAGUGACGUCCAUCAGAUGGAGAAGGAGCAGGAGGCAGAGCGAGAGAGGGACAGAAAACGCCCCAUCCUGUUCUUUGACACCAAGUUCAAAUUCAACGAGCCUCCUCCUAAGCCCUCCAGGAUGAAACCUGGGGGUCGUUUUGGUAACAAUAUUGGCCUGCACGUUCAGCUGAAUGAGGCCCUGUGUGCCAGCUCUCCAGACCUGGUCAGUCCCUGUGAAUACACCACUGUUGUAGAUUCUAGGAGCAACACAGUGGUCGUGCCCAUGAUGUCUCCACGACGAUGCAGCAUGGGGGAGGGUGAGUUCAUUGUGGAGCCGUCCAGUAAGGAGGACGCCCAGCGAUUGUGGCAGAUGGAGAGAGAGCGUAUGCAGGAGACGAUGAGACAACAGAAACAACAGAUGAUGGAGGACAACAAGUGGCUGACCAAGGAGGAGAGACUCCUGGAUCCCAUGAGACAGGAGGAUGCCACCAGCCCACUGUCACCUGAAGCUGAGACUGGACAUGCCGCGCCAGACAAGCCCCCACGUCUCACGGCCCCCACAGCCCAGGCCGCCCCCACAGCCCAGGCCGCCCCCACAGCAGAGCUGGACCGGUCAGGUGACCAGGUGUACCAGGCGGUCAUGGAGCUGGUCAAGGUGGUGGUGCAGUUGAAGAACGAUGUCAACACACUACAGCCUGAACAAUACAUCAACAUAGUGAAGUCUGUAGGGUUGACCUUGCGGAGUCUGAUCCACAGUGUGGAUGAUAUUCUACCUACCCUGCAUGAAUCCAUCAGGACAGAGAUCGAGGGCACCCAGAAGCUGUUGAACAACGACAUGUCAGAGUUGAUCAGUAAGAUGCGUCUGGCCCAGCAGAACGCCGUCACCUCGCUGAAGGAAGAGUGUAAGAAACAGAUGCUGACUGCAGCACACAACCUGGCCAUGGAUGGGAAGAACCUUCUGGAUGCUGUGGACCAGGCCAGGGUCAGGGCCAACCUGGCCAAGCCCAAACCGGGAGACCCCAUAGUGGGGUAAAUACCCACAGCCCCCCCCCCCUCCUCUGAUUGGAUGAUUUACAAGUGUGUUGUUUUUUUUUGUUUUGUCUUCAUUGGAGGACAGGUCAGAACCAAGCAUGUUGCGACUGAUUGGAUGGACAUCAGUGACUUGCAGGUACAAUAGUCGAGAUAAGUGGCAUCAAUAUGACUGGCAUCAACAUGACUGGCAUCAAUAUAACUGGCAUCAAUAUGACUGGCAUCAAUAUGACUGGCAUCAAUAUGACUGGCAUCAGUAUGACUGGCAUCAAUAUGACUGGCAUCAAUAUAACUGGCAUCAAUAUGACUGGCAUCAAUAUGACUGGCAUCAGUAUGACUGGCAUCAAUAUGACUGGCAUCAAUAUGACUGGCAUCAAUAUAACUGGCAUCAAUAUGACUGGCAUCAAUAUAACUGGCAUCAAUAUGACUGGCAUCAAUAUGACU